AUGGCACGGAAGAAGAUAUUCAGCUUUAUCCUACCUACAUAUAUUCUUCUAAUUCGUUACUUUACGUGCAGUACAAAUAACAAGAAGGCAUCCCGUAUGCAGUUUCAGAUGAUGCCUAUCGGGACACCAAGGGUGCCUUACAGAAAUCCUGGCGAGGGAACUUGGCAAUGGGUUGAUUUGUGGAAUGCCCUUUAUCGAGAACGAGUUAUCUUCAUCGGGCAAAACAUUGAUGAAGAGUUUAGCAAUCAAAUUUUGGCCACCAUGCUAUAUCUCGACAGCAUUGAGUCUUCCAAGACACUCUAUAUGUACAUAAAUGGUCCAGGUGGAGAUUUAACUCCGAGUUUGGCCAUCUACGACACAAUGCAGAGCUUGAAGAGUUCAGUACGUACCCAUUGUGUGGGUUAUGCCUAUGAUCUAGCAGCAUUUCUUCUAGCAGCUGGAGAAAAGGGUCACCGCACUGCAAUGCCUCUAUCAAGAAUUGCUUUACAAUCCCCAGGUGGAGCUGCUCGUGGCCAGGCUGAUGAUGUUCGAAACGAAGCAAACGAGCUCUUGAGAAUCAGGGAUUAUCUUUUCAAUGAGCUUUCUAAGAAAACAGGCCAGCCUGUCGAACAGAUUAACAAGGACCUGAGUCGAAUGAAGCGAUUUAAUGCUCAGGCAGCUCUUGAGUAUGGUCUUAUCGACCGUAUAGUCAGGCCAGCUCGCAUUAAGGCCGAUGCACCACGCAAGGAUGAUGGGGCAGGGCUUGGUUAGAGUAAGAUUAAUUAUUGUCUUCACAUUGGAAGUAGCACAUGUUUGCUUUAGGUUUACAUGGCACACAACUAAGUAAUUAGAAUUUAUGUAUGGAAGUUCAAAUCUUGUUUUUCAUCCAUUAAUUUAAAUGGAAGCUGUGUGGAAAUGGUAUGAAUUUUAUUAUUCUUUUC